GUCCCACUCUGCACAGCUACAGGUUCCUCUCAGAGCUCAGCACAGGUGUGACAGCGUCUGUAUGUAGACAUUGUUUCUGCCUGUUAAUUAUCUGCCUGCUACAGGCUCUAGCUGCAGCCUUUUAUCACAGAUAUUUGACUGCUGCUGAGCUCUCAUCUUUGGCAGUUAGACUGUAUUAGCACCUUGGGAUCAUCUCUAUUAGAGCAGAUCGGUUACAAACAAAGGUCAUUUUAAGUGUGCACCUAUAAUUGGCCAGAACAAUGAAUUUUGAUGAAGUUCUCAGUAAAAUUGGAGGCUUUGGGAAGUUCCAGAAGCUCUUGUAUGUGUGGAUCUGUGUACCUCAGAUCUUUUUGGCGUUCCACAUGCUGGUCUCUGUAUUUACUGGGGCUGUUCCUCCUCAUCUGUGCCGCUCUACUUUGCCCUCAGCGGGAACCCCUUCCACUUUAAACUUCAGUCUUCUGAGCAGCCCUGAUGGCCUUCCUGAACUGUCCUGUACCAAGGCCCUGAACCACAGCGACGCUGCAGCUCCUGGAGACGGACACCUGACUAUGAGCUGCCAGGAAGGCUGGGAGUACAGCACGGAGACAUUCCAAAGCACCAUAGUAACUGAGUGGAACUUGGUCUGUUCCAAUGCCAGCCUCAACAAUCUAGGCUCAUCCAUCUACAUGUCUGGACUCCUUGUUGGAGCUCUUUUGUUCGGUUACUUGGCUGAUAAAUAUGGCCGGCGGAUCAUCAUCCUCAUUAGCCUGGCUAUCCAAGCAACCUUUGGUGUAGCUGCUGCUUUCGCUCCCAAUUUCUACAUCUACACCGCUCUUCGCUUCAUGGUCGGAACCUCUAUCUCCGGCGUUAUAAUGAACGCCUUUGUUUUAGGUACUGAAUGGACGGGCCUGAGACAACGCAUGCUGGCCGGUAUAAUUACAGACUACUUCUUCGGCUUUGGAUACAUCAUAUUGGCUGGAGUGGCGUACCUCAUAAGAGACUGGCGUAAGCUGCAGCUGGCUAUAUCUGCACCUGGCUUCCUCUUCUUCAUUUACAUUUGGGUUUUGCCGAAAUCAGCUCGGUGGUUAAUGGCCAACGACAGGAACGAGGAAGCAUGGGAAGUGAUCCUGAAGGCAGCUGAGAUGAAUGGGAAGCCUAUCAGUAAGGAUCUGGAGAUGUGUCAGGUUUAUCAGACUGAAGACAAAACUGCACUGAAGAAAAAGCACUCACUCUUUGACCUUGUUCGAACACCAACGAUGAGAAAGCAGUCCCUGAUUGUCUUUUAUCUUUGGUUUGUCAAUGUCCUGGUGUACUAUGGAUUGUCCCUCAACAUUUCCGACUUCGGAAUGAACAUCUACUUAACCCAGAUGAUCUUUGGCUUGGUGGAGAUGCCUGCACGCACCAUCACGUUGUUCACCCUCAACCGCUCACGCAAGUUCUCUCAGCUGGCUUUUCUAACAGUGGGAGGGUCUGCCUGCCUGCUAACCACCUGCAUCCCCAGCGAUUUGUCCAUUGUUAGAACAGUCCUAGCCAUGAUCGGGAAGUUUGGAAUUACAGCCUCUCUGUCAAUCAUUUAUGUCUACUCAGCUGAAGUAUUUCCAACUGUGAUCAGGCAAAAUGGUAUUGGCAUAGGAUCCAUGUGUGCGCGGAUCGGAGGCGUUCUGGCUCCUAUGAUGUACCUUUUAAGAAACAUCAAUCCUCAUGCUCCUAUGGUUCUCUCUGGCCUGUGUCCACUGCUGGGCGCUGGACUGACCCUGAUGCUGCCUGAGACUGCCAACAAGCCUCUGCCUGACACAAUCAAGGAUGUUGAGGGAGAAAUCCUCAGUGAUGAGGAGGACAGUGUGAAGACGGCCAUCUUGGAUCUGAGAAAUGUUACCAUGGACAGCCACAGGACGGAUUAGCACCGCAGCACCAGCUGACAUGUCAUGCGGGAUUCAGUAUUUUUCCAUUUCGGUUUUCUUGAGACAAGUCUUUGCUUCCAGUGGAAGUCUCAGUUAGACUUUGUAUUUAUGGGUCUUUACAAGAUACCCAAACACUAAAACACUCUAAACUGUGGUUUUUGUGGAAGUAUUUUUUAUUCCUUCUUAAUCAUUUUUGUAUGAUUAUUUUUUUUUGCAGCCCUUACUCUUGUUCCAGUGUAUUAUCUUUAGUGGAUAUGUUAGAAAGUGGCAGGCCGGUAAAGAUGUUUAAAAUCCUUCAAAUAAAUUAUUCUUGUGCAGCAGCAUAUUCUCACACUGGAAAAUGUAGGAAAUUCUAACCUUCAAUUUGAGCAUGUUUAUUCAGUCAGGAAGAAAAUUCUGCAUAAAGGAAUAUUUGUUUUUUUACAAUUUCUUCAGUAGCACAAUUGUUGCCACCCCUGCUGGUAAUAUUUUGUAAUAUGUAAUUUAACCAACGGAACUACACUUCAGUUUUCAGAGACAACCCAUUUUCAGUUUAAUGGUAGAAGUCACCAGAGUUUUAUUUAAAACCAUCUGGUUCAUAAUUCCAUGUAAUCUAAGAAAUUUCCCAUUGCCUUUAAACCUAAAACAGGCCCACAGCAUCACAGAGCCUUCACCAUACCUAACAGCUGACCUGAUGACCUUUUUCACAUGUUUAUCUUGUGUUUCACAGCAAACCCGGCUGGAGUGUUGUUAUUAAAAACUUCAAUCUUAGUCUCAAUUUCCCAGUAACCUCAACAUAUUUACCUUUGGGAUGGUAGGACUGGAAAGAUUUUGUUUCUGGGAUCAUUCCCAAACUAGUUCAAUGGUUGUCAUGGAGACUUUCUGUCUGCAAGAUACCACUCUUUGCUGCAGUAUUGUAACAGUGAGAAUUUGGGAUUUUUAUACCUUCUUACCUUCCUGCUUACUGGGUGUGGUAGCAAAGUAAAUCUGGCUCCUUGUCCAGCCUAGUGGCUAAAAGAAACUGCCCUUUGUGUCACAUCAUAUUUAUCCCCCAGGGAAACUGAAAGUCACUCAGAAUUUUUUAGAAACUCUGAUCAACAUAAAAGGUAAUGAAGUCUAAAUUACGACAUUGCUUCAGUUACUUUUAUUUUAAAGGGGUUGUUAGGAGAACCAAUAAAUUGGCACUUCUGAUUUUGUUAAAAACAAUUAUUCCUCAACAUGGGAUUUUUACCCCACUGAGUUAAUGCACUUCAAAUAAAGGCUGUAUUCUUAAAGAUUUUGUUUAUGUGUAAGAUUAUUCAGCUGCUAUAAAAUGUAAUUUAAUAUUUUAACACAGCUUUACAGGAGUGCCAUUUUAUUUGGUAAUCUACUGUACGUUCUAAAAGUCUUCUUUAUCCAUGUAUGUACAACAAAUAGCCUCAAACAGGUAGAAAACUGUCUCAUGACAAGUUGCCCAUGUCUGAAACUACAUGGCAGUGGCUAUAAAAGGGAAAAGCUGGAGAGAAUAGACUAACCCUCCUGCUCGCAUUAUCUUGUGUUUUUAAGCCAUUCAGGUCCACAGACCAAACUAAAGAGACAACUGAGAUAGUUUCACCUCUUAAACACCUCGCACCUCGCAAACAGUAUCGUUCAGAUUAUAGUGUGUGUCAGAUGAGUUUUGCCUUCCCGAGGACUUGCUUUAUUAUCUCCAUGAUGCAGAAUCCGAACCCGUAAUAAGGCAAACAGGCUCUGUGGAGAUAAGAAACGCUGCAGCUUUGGAUACAGCUGUACUUUCGGUGAAUUACACAUUUUGAUAAUAUUUAUUUGUGCAAUCUGAAUGGUUUUUUAUUUGCAUCAUUUUGUCUCAAGGUUAUGUUGUUAAAAUAAAGAGAUCCAGAAGAAUUCUACACAGUAUUCUUCUCCCAAUUCUCUGUCAGUAGCUUGUUAUCAGCGCCUUCCUCACUAAUCAUGGGGGUUACUCUGUGAACAAAGCCGACACUGUGAAGAAACUACUUUCCCAGACUGUUGUGAAGGACUUUUUCUGUCUGGCUGGAGUUCUAACCUUCAAAACACUGAGCGCCUGUGGAAGUUAUCAGCCAGGGUUCAUUUUCUUUGUUUUGUCUCUUUAUAUUGUUUUGCAGAGGGGUUUGCUGCUGCAUUUGCAGACCUAAAUGCCAUUUUAGCUUUAGGCAUCCCUGCUACCUAACGCUGGCCUGAUGAAAGGCAGGCAGUAGAGCAAAUUGUGCCUUUGAGGAAACACUUACUAGUGCAUAGAGGGCGUCAGCUCCUCUCUGGGAGUUUAAAAACAAAUACCUGAUAUGUGAAAAAUGUGUUUCACGUCUCAUCCAUGCAUCUAUGAACUUUCACAUGUUACUUUGCUGAUUAUGUUGUUUAUAUUGUAUGUUUUUACUGUCUCUUUGCAAUAAAGAUUUUCUAAGAGUA